AAACAGAAGAAAUAAAGUUAUUUAAUUUGAGAGCUAAGUUUUGCGUCGUAAGCUGCGACUCGCGAGUCACAAGUACAACUCAGUAGGCUACGCGAAGGCGCAGACAGCGGACGUGUGCGCGUUUAAAAUUAGGUGUGCGUCAUCUAACUCCGAGUGUAGCUGCAACGAUCGAGAAACGAACUAAUGGACAUGGAAGUGGCUGGUCAAUGGCGCCGCCAGUGGGCCGGUUCUGCGGAGUACGGGAAGGUGACAGAAGGCGGUGUUACGCGCAACGUGGCCCGCGCUAUGGAGGUGCUGCACGCCAGUGCGCCAGGCGCGCGCGUGCGCGUCGUGCGCGCUGCCUACCACUCGUCCGCCGGCCCGGGCGCGCCCGCCGCCUCCUACAUGAUGCACUCCUCCAGACAAGUCUUAUCAUCCGGAUAUAAUUUCCUGGAACCUAGUCUGACACCGUCGAAGCCUCUGGAAAUAUCCUCAACUCCUUUAGGAUCAUUGCCCGAUAGUGAAGUAGAGAGAGAGAAUUACAAGGUGACCGAACCAGACGAUUAUGAUAUAUCAGAACCAUCCAAAUGGAGAGGCUCUUCAGGAAAAAAUUCAAUUCGGAUGCCUAGCGAAGAAUCAUCGUCAGCGGAUAAUGCAAGUAUUAUUGAUCUCGACUCCAGGAGUAAUAGUACGUUUAAAAGAUCCCUACAAAGUAAACACAGUGAAGAUAAAAGUAGAACCCACAUUAUUAACACCAGAGUUUCUCCGUUAUUGGACGCGCCAGUAGCAUUGAGUACACUCAAAUACACAUCUAUAUUAAACAACAGUGAUGAAUGGAACAAUAGACGGAAAAGUUACAGUUUCGAAGAUACGUCGCCGCUCGAUCAUAAUGUUUUACCACAUCAUACCAUAGACUCAUCUACAGAUAGUGGUAUAUGUAAAUCUACAGAAAUUGUUGACGAUCCAUUCAAUAACUCUAACAAUAUUAAGUCAGUCCUGAAUAAUGAAAAUAAUUAUCAAGAUGAGUCAUUUAAACAGUGGCUCUCAAGAAAUAGAUCUAAAUCUUAUAGAGAUACCAGCAUAACUCCACCACGAAGUUAUCAUGCUAAAGAAUUUGUACCAAGUGAAAACAAAAUUACUUUACAAUCUUCUGGAAAAGUAUCUAUUACGUUGCCAUUUGAAAGUCAAAAGAGCGCACAAACUGAAAAGGUUGUGAUAACUGACGAUAGUGACCGCAAAACAAAACGAGUCGAAUUUUGUAAAACAGAACUGCAUUUUGCUGUAGAUACUGGAACAGUUAAUAUAAUAGCUACUGAUGAAAAGCCUCCACCAUCCAAUGAUUUUAGAAGAAGACGCAGUGCCUUCGUACCCUUAAAUGAUAAAGUAGAUAGACCUAUUACACUUUUCGGUGAAAAAUCUGAAUUUUCAGAGGUAAGCAAUGAUAAAGGAGUUUUAAACGAGUGCGUUGAGUCCGAGGAGAAUACAGCAGCUACAAAAAGUAUUCUCAAAAACAAAAUCCCGAAACCCAAGCCAUAUCUUCUAGGCGAGAACAUGGUAAUUGGGAAUUCUAACAUAGAUACUAAUAAUUUGGACUUCAAUAGAUGCUUGACAAAAGCAAGUGCAGUUUCUCUUAUCAACAGUCAAUUGCAAUCAGAGAGGCGAUUUAGUAACGAAACUAUUUCCAGUGGUUUGAGCGACAUAGAUUCAACCUCUCUGACCACCAAUACAUACAGGACAAGAAGCAAAGGUCCCCAAGAACGGCUUAAUGAUCAAGUAAAUAAUGGUCCAAUCGAAAUAUUCGGUUCAAAAACAGUAAACAAAAAAGCAGGAAUUUUACCUACAAAUUCUGAAGUAAGUAAAACUAAAAUAAGAGAACUUAGAGGAAGGGAUUUAGCUUACUUUGGAAUUGACAACAAUGAUACUUCGAAACUUAUUCCGAGUACAGAUAAUCUCCAAGAAGAAAUAUUUCACUCAGUCAAGUUGGUGCAACAAGUAUCUAACAGUGUAUGUAACAGUGAAGCGGAGUCUGAUGACGCACCGGAGUAUCAAAAUAUACCCACAAAAUUUAAUUUUAAUAAAGUUCCUACUCCAAGUCCACGAUCGAAAUACUACAAAGAUACUAACAUAUUAAGUGAACAAAAAGUUCUAAAACCAAUCAGUGAACAAGUCAUUGAUCACGCAGACGACUCGGAAUUUAGAAAUAGUAGUUUGAGAAGACAAAAAGAUCCACUAAAACAAUUGCAUCAUCGUACAAACGAGUCAAACAAAACUAAAGCAAAGCAAUGUAGACAAAGAGAUACAAAAGACAGUUCACGAAGCAGUUCUGUUUCACCAGCAAAAACCAGUGACAAGGCUUUAAAAAGUAUUAACAGCAACAAAGAAAAUGAAACGUCUAACUUUAAAAGAGAUACAAGAUCGCGUAAUUCCGAGUCGCCCCUUUAUGUAAAUGUAAACGUUAGAGAACGGAAAGACAAACGUGAACCAACUAUAGAAGAUUCAAGUCUCAAGACGGCACGAUUGCGAAGUUCCAUAAAUAAAGAUCUAAAAGCGAACAAGCACGAAACUAGGACUAAAAGUGCUCCAGCGGAUAAAAAUAAGAGCAUUAACCACGUUCAUGACGACAGUAAGGAUAAAAAACAGGAAAUAAAACAUGAAAACCAUCAUCGUUUACAUAAAAAACACACACCUAAAAGGACUGAAAAACUAACAACGCCAGAUAUAAUAAUACGUGAAAUGAGCUCUGAGCAAACACCUAAAGAAGUCAAAAAAGGAUUAGCAGAUAAAAAUUGUACACCUAAACUACAGAGAAGCGAGUCAUUAAAAAGAAAUAGUGCCCAAAACUCAACUAAAAUAAAUUUAGAAGAUGUAAAUGUACUAAAGAAGAAAGAUCUACACCAAAACGGCACCGUAAAAGUUCCCAAUAGUCACUCUACAUCAAUCGACCAUAAGCUCUCCACAAAAUUAAGUAAAAAUGCCGUAACAUCACACAAGAUAGACAAGAUACCUGAAACAAAGCAGGACAAGUCAACGAAAUCGAAGCGCAGCAAGUAUGUAAUUAAUUAUGAUGACAAAAAUGGAACCGUUUCAUCUAUUUGUAAAAUAAAGAAAGGGCCUGGUACGUAUAAAAGAAAAAUGAUUGAAAUUGACAGUAAAAACCUUCAAGAAUCUAAUACAAAAGAGAAAAGUCUAAACAAAAUAGCUUUACGUAAAUAAUAAUGUGCAUGCUAUAAUAAGUUAAAAGAGCGAUAUAUUAGUUUAUUACAUGAACAUAUUUCAGUCCAGUUUCCCGGCGAAUAUUGGAAUGCAAUCGAUCAAGAUUUGAAUAAAAGGAAAAGGAAGACAUACGGUGUACACGUACACAGAUCUUGCCAACUAUUAUAGCUUAAAGUAUUACAUGUCAAGAUUAUGGCGACUUUCUGUCCAAUAUUAUAAAUCUCAAUGAUAUGGUAGUAUCGUAAGUUUCUAAUGUAAAACGUUGUUAUAUAAUAUAAUUAAUAUUUAUUAUUAUAUUGAUCUCACAAAUCACAAUCAAAAUUAUGUAAUGCUGAUUAACACUGCUAUUAAGUAACAUAUUAAUAAAUUAAAUAUACUACA